AUGCCCGCACGCGAUCGUUCAGCGGGGCGAAACGUUCACAUUUACGACUCGAACGAUGCUACUACCGAAAUUGACGGCUUAUUACUCUAACCUGGUGUCACUAAUGUAAACUUCUAUACCAUGAUCGAGAUCAUUGUUAUGUUUUCGAGCCUCUUCUUUCUACAAGAUGAGAAUAAACCGAAGAUCGAGAGAGACAACCAUCCGCUACAACCUGGAAAGUAUUAUAUUGUUGCCACCGCUUCUUUCGAAGUCAACAAUGAACCAUGGCUCGUACGAACAAUCAGUCCCACGACCGGAAGUCGUGUCGCCGCCUUCUCCGAUGCUAUUCGUUUACGAGAUCGUCAAUGUAUUAUAUCCGGAACAUCAGUAUCUAUGUACUGUACAAUGAGAGAUACUUUUAGCGUGGCUUUAAAGCUGCGCAUAUUUUCCCACUCGCCUACGAAGGUCACUAA